UUGGAGGCUUGUAAAGGAUUCUUCUGCCGUUUAUUGCAAGUGCUGUAUUUGUUCUAAGGGAGUUAUUUCCCCUCCUAAAGAUCUGGGUUCAAUCCUAAUGUAUUUCGUCCUGGCUUCCAGUGAUGAGGUGGCUUCUGCCCUGGAUUCUAGCAACCAACGGCAUUUUGCAGGCCUUACCCCAGAACUCUUCCACGAUGCCACCUGCCACUUCCUCUGUGACGGAGUCUUAUACACGGGUUCAGUACUGUAAGUGGCCCUGCGAGUGCCCCAAGACACCUCCUGUGUGCCAGGCGGGAGUCAGCCUGCUGACGGACGGUUGCGAAUGCUGCAAGGUGUGUGCCAAGCAGGUCGGAGAGAACUGCACCGAAGCCGACAACUGUGACUUCCACAAGGGCCUGUACUGUGACUACAGCAGAGACAGACCUAGGUACGAAAUAGGAGUGUGUGCACAAAUUGCCGGGGUGGGCUGCCUUCUCAAUGGGGUCAGGUACAAGAACGGCGAGACGUUCCAGCCCAACUGCAAAUACAACUGCAGUUGCAUCAACGGGGCCGUCGGCUGCAUCCCGAUGUGCAGAGGCUCCAAGCCGCCCCUGAUGUGGUGCCCCACCCCCAAACUGGUUAAGAUGACCGGUCAGUGCUGUGAGCAGUGGGUUUGCGACUAUUCGAAGAAAAUCAGGAAGACGUCCCCACGACACAUCGCCUCGCCAGUUUAUGAAGGAGAGAUUGAAGCUUGGCAGAAGAACUGCAUCCCCCACACGUCCUCCUGGAGUCUCUGUUCAAAGUCUUGUGGGAUGGGCAUUUCCACACGGAUCUCCAAUGAGAACGACCAGUGCCGCCUGGUGAAGGAGAGCCGGCUCUGUAACAUGCGCCCAUGUGAGGAGGAUAUCAUCAAACACAUUAAGCCUGAUAAGAAAUGCCUAGCAGUGUACAGGAGAGACGAGCCGAUGAACUAUACCCUCUCUGGCUGCGUGAGCAAGACUGCCUACAGGCCGAAGUACUGCGGAGUCUGCGUGGACAAUAGGUGCUGCACGCCAUACAAGUCGAAAACCAUCGAAGUCAGCUUCGAGUGCCCAGAUGGAACUGAAUUUUCCAGGAAAAUCAUGUGGAUCAACGCCUGCUUCUGCAACCUGAGCUGCAAAAACCCCAAUGACAUCUUUGCCGAUUUGGCUCAUUUUCAUGAUUAUUCUGAAAUUGCUAAUUAAGUGGGUCCAAUGCAGCGGUGUGUGUGUGUGUCUGCGUGGGGGGAACUCCCUUCUAAAUCCUACCCCAUUAUCGCUCUGAUUUUACAGAGAAUCAAAAUAAAAGAAAAUCUUUUUUUUUUCA